UAGGAGAGCUAAACUUGCAUAUAGAUACAAGGAAUUUAUUAGCAAUUUAUUUAUAGAGAAAUCCGCAGUGAUUUUUUUUGUAAACAUUCAAAUUGGUAUUAACAGGAAUUGACGCGGAGAAUUUUAUUUUGUGACGUCAAAUUGAAACAAAAGAAAAAUCAAUAUACAUAUUUUUGAAUUUAAAUUAAAGUACUCUGUUGUAUAGUACUGAAGUACUAUUCCUACUGUGAACUUAAAUUAUGAACGAAUCUGGAUAUACAAAUUAUUUACGUAACAUAGAACACGUGUGUGAGACUUUGCGUUCAGCUGACAUAAAUGAAUCCGAUCUUAAUGAAACAACACAAAUAUUAUAUCCUGCAAAAGAUCUAUUUUCUGGCCAUGGUAUCAAAUUGGUGGAGCUUGAUGAACAACUGUUAGAAAUAAUUAAUAAAGGAGAUAGUUUAUCGUUUAAAGGUAGUAGUAAUGAAACUGCAGUACUUUGUACAGAGAAUCGGACUUAUGAGAUAAAAGAAGCAGAAACGUCGAAUUCUUUAUUAUUGGUACCUGAUUUAAUGUUAGGGGAUGAUACGAAGACCCCAGAAGAACAUGGUAGAGUAAUAAAAAGAUGUUGCGUAACAGGAAUUUUUCAUAAUUACUAUGAGGUACAUAAAUGUAAACCUCGUGUUGAUAAAAUAUUGACUGUACUUGAACCUUCUUGUUACAAUGGUAAAGAAUAUGAAUCAGACAUAGAUUCAACAAUACUUUAUGAUUGGGAUAAAUUAAGAAAUGAAAUUCAGGCUAGUGAGGAUGAAUUGAAACAGGCUUUAAAUGAUCACUUAGUUGUAACAAUAGAUGGUUAUCUUCGAUUAAUAUCAUUUGAAGCAGAAGUACGAAAUGUGACAUAUAUGUUAGAUUUGUUUAAUGAUUACUCAUGGGAAGUAGAUGAAGUUGAUAAAGAAAUUACAUAUGAUUCUUUAAAAGAACUUAUUGCUGAACCUAUUUUUAAAGCAUUGUUUGAGAAAUAUACAAGUUUAAGUGAGAAACUAAAAGAGGAUAAUACUCCUUUAUAUAGAUACAAUGAAGAAAAAGUAUGUAAAAUUUUAGCAAAAGUUCUUCUAACCGCUUUACCUGUUAAUAAAUAUAAUGAUUUUAUGGAAUCCUGGAAAAUGGGUGUACCAGAAAAAAUAGUGCCAAAAGAGGAAUACUUAAGAGGAAUUGCAAUUAUUAUUUAUAAUAAAAGUAUUAUGCAAAAAGAAGUGAUAUCUUUUCCAGAAGAAACUUUACCAAAAAAUAUCAAUGAUAGACUUAAAGAAAUAUUUAAAGUCAAAGAAAAGUGGACUCUUGAAGAAAUAACUCCAUACAUAUUGAAAUUUGAAACAAAUAAAUUGAAUGUGAAUGCUUUAUUAACUAAAUAUGCAAGAUGUUCUACACACACUGGUAUUAAAUAUUACAGCUCAAAGCAUGGAAAAUAAAUAUUAUGUAGCUUUCUGAAAAUUGGGUAGAUGUAAUAAGUUUUAAAGUUUAUUAUGUAUAUCUGUAUCAAAUUAAUGAAUUAUAAAACUAUUAUCAUAAAAAAUAAAAUGUGUAUAUACCAAUGUAGAUUUUGUCAAUACAAUAAAUAUUAUUAAGUUUUAAUUUA